GUUUCUGGAUUUCACAGAGCGGUCAAUUUUUAUUGGGGUGGAAUGGUAGAUGGUUUGCAUAUACUUAAAAGGAAAAUGUUAUCUCAGAUGAAGAUAAAAUCCUUUCACAGGGGGAUACUCAACUUAGUUUUGUCUUUCGUACAACAGCGAGGAAUAAACCAUUUUUAUUUAGAUGCUUUUACUUUUCUGGUUUAGGAUUUGCUUUUGUUUAUAUGGAUGAUGAGAGAGAUGGAGAGGAUGCAAUUCGAGGACUUGACCGGAAAGAGUUUGGAAGAAAGGGUCGCCGGCUUCGUGUUGAGUGGACGAAGCAAGAGCGUGGUGUCAGAAGGCCUGGGAGUUCAAAAAGAUCUUCAACUAAUUCGAAACCGUCAAAGACUCUGUUUGUUAUUAAUUUUGAUCCAUAUCAUACUAGGGAAAGGGACUUGGAGAGGCACUUUGAUCCUUAUGGAAAGAUAAUGAACAUAAGGAUCAGAAAGAAUUUUGCAUUUAUCCAGUUUGAAACACAGGAGGAUGCCACUAAAGCUCUGGAUGCUACAGACAUGAGCAAGAUGACGGAUCGAGUUAUUUCAGUGGAGUAUGCAAUCAAAGAUGAUGAUGAGAGGAGAAGUGGACGCAGCCCUGAUAAAAAUCGUGAUAGGUCACCUGGGAGGAGAGGUUAUGGCAGGGGACGAUCUUCAAGUCCCUAUGGAAGAGAGAGGGCGAGUCCUGAUUAUGGCCGCGGACGUGGGCGUAGCCCUAGUCCCCAUCGAAGAGAGCGGGCCAGUCCUGAUUAUGGUCGUGGCCCUAGCCCAAGUCCCAAUGCAAGGGAGAGAGAUUAUGGCCGUGGCCCCACCCCAAGUCCUCGUAGAGGGAGGCCUAGUUCUGACAACGGACGUGGACCUAGCCCUGGGGAGAGGGUUAGCCCUGAUUAUGUCUGCGGGGCUAGCCCAAAUCCUCGGAGGGAGAGGGCUAGCCUUGAUGAUUAUCAUCGCGGUGCCAGCCUGAAUUCUAAGGCUGACCCGAGGGACAGUCCUGGUUAUGGUCCAGCAGAAAGCCCCGUGCAUGACCGAUACCGCAGUCGUUCACCCUUGGGGCGGGAGAGAUCUCAAUCAUGAUCAGCAGAAAAUCUGGCUUAUUUGUCUUUGUAAUAUGAUGUAGUUUUCUUUCCGUCUACUAAUUUUCUAUUGCGGUCAGUAUGGAAUUAAACCCAUUACAAAGCUUCUGAAUUGUUGAUGGUGCGUCUUAUUAGUCUCUACUCUCUUGUUAGUUUCGUUGUAACUGUGCUUGAAAUCAAUGUUCCAAAUGUGAUGGAUUUGGUCAUUGGUCCUGAACAAGUAAGAAAUAUAUGGACCCUGUGACUUUUGCUUGACUUUGAAAUUAGGAUUUUGCCAAUUAAUUUAUUUUUUUUCGUUUUUUGGUAUCUACAUUUGCAAUUGAUUUGUAUUAUUUUACGAGUUCACUGCAAAAUAUGAUGACGUGGUGUUGUGCAGUGUUUCAAUGCAAGCAAAAUUUGCUUGGGCGGUUGGUUUCGUGUUGUCCCUUGCAAGUAAGUACCUGCCAUUUUGAGGUCAAGUUUACCUACAAUUGCUUAAUUGCCAUCACGGGCUCAAGCCAUACUGGUAAGUUUUUCAUGGUGCCCCGGCCAACCGAGGAAGUGGAUCUCCCUGGUGCAUCUGCUGUUUCAGAGUGAUAGAUGCAGGUACAGGGUACUUGUUAUGCCCUUGCGUUCCAGUGGGUGAUUAAAUCUGUUGCCACCCAAAUCGGAAAUGGAGCAGAGACCAGGAGAUGAAUAUUUGGAAUAUUUAGGGGGUGACAAUCGGGUCUCGUUGGUUCAUAUUUACAUUGGGAAUUAGGACAAUUAACCCACAAUCUAUUUGAUUAAUCGUGUACACUGACACUGUUUAGAGUGAUCGUACUCGCCUUUUAGUUUUUUCUUAAAAUGCAAAUCCAUAGGCUCACUGGGUACCAUGACCCCUCAUAUUCCCAGACCCAUUCACAUCUUUGUGAAUUUUUUGUCCCACUUUUAUACCCUCUACUUUCCCCAUAUUUCUUAUUUCUUUUCAAAUCUGUGUUACUAUGCCAUGAUUGAGGCAGAGGAACAGAAAAUAUAAUCAUUGAUGAAGUAUAACAGAGAAACAUAAUUCUUGUAAUUGACU